AUGAGGACCACUACUGAUCUACCUCCAGAGAUCGUCGAGGCCAUCGCUGAGUGGAUCGACUGCUCGGACGAUACCCUGUCGUUCGCAUUGGCAUCCAAGUUCACUGCGUCCAUCCUCUCUCCCCGCCACACUCAGCUGCGCCACAUACGGUGCGAUGUCAACGCCAUGUGCCUCUGGAGGGCGUUCUCUCACGACCAAUCCCUCGCGCGCAACGUUCGAAGUCUCGAGAUAAUGUCAAGCAGCCCAUGCCGUGUUCCUCGCUUCAUUUGCACCUGCGAUCGUCCGUGCGCUCAUGAUGUGUCUCGAAGAGAGGCAGAAUUGGAACUCAUUGUCGCAGUCAAAAAUCUUGCUAACUUGGUAUCCUUCAAAUGGCGAUCCGCCGCCAACGUAGUCAUUGCCCACAUGGAACCGGAUCGUCAAGACGUGUGGACUUCCCUGGCGUGCUGCAGGAACCUAGGGAAUGUCGAUAUUGCUGAGAAUAAUUGGCUUAACCAGGCGCCUACGGGAUCUGAGGCCGCAAUUUUAAAUUUGUCAGACUUGACAACACUCAGGUAUACUGGUCUUUUUGCUGAUUCUAGACCCAUUGAUGCCACCGUUCUUGGUGUCAUGUUGCGCGAACGUUGCCCAAGGUUGCAGAAGCUCAUCUUAUCUCUCCCCUGUCGACCCCCAGUCCGUUCGCGUGACGCUGGUGAAUCCAUUCUUAGUGGCCGAUGGCCAGAUCUGCGCACCCUGGGUCUGACCGGCGCUGCUUGUUCUCCAGCAACAGCGAUCACGUUCUUCGUUGCCCAUCCCCAACUGUCUCAACUCUCCAUUGACGAGCUCAUCGGGUGUGAUCCACAAUAUCAUGGUCGCUUGCUGCCCCUAGACUGCCCACCCGGACUGCUGCCGAACUUGAGGAAACUCGAAUCUAUAGCUGAACGUGCGAUCGAACUUCUCUCCGCUCCAUCUGCCCAGCCACGUCCCAUUGAGCACGUCUCCAUCUGGCGUGGCCCGCACGUCGAGGAUUUCCCGGCGCUCCUGGCGGCGCUUCCCUCCGUUACGAGUGUGGAAUUGCAGGUGGCUACCGUCGAUCUUGUCGCACGCAUAGCGCAGGCAGCGCCUUGGCUGACGCGCCUGCGUGUCCCCUCCGGCACUGCAAUUCUGAGCGAUUUACAUUUUGACAAGAAGAAGAAGAAAUGGCAGGCGGCGAUUUCGCGGUUCCGCUGCCUGGAGGCAUUCGAGAGUCAGAACCCCGAAUGUAAUAUGCUGGAUGUUAUGCGCUCGGACCUGUAG